GGACCCCGGCUGAGGCGGCGGCGGCGGCGGCGACGUGGGCUGCGGCGGGCCCGCGGCGUCGGGCGGUGCGGAUGUCGGGCUGGGCGGACGAGCGCGGCGGCGAGGGAGACGGGCGCAUCUACGUGGGCAACCUUCCGACCGACGUGCGCGAGAAAGACUUGGAGGACCUGUUCUACAAGUACGGCCGCAUCCGCGAGAUCGAGCUCAAGAACCGGCACGGGCUCGUGCCCUUCGCCUUCGUGCGCUUCGAGGACCCCCGAGAUGCUGAGGAUGCAAUUUAUGGAAGGAAUGGUUAUGAUUAUGGCCAGUGUCGGCUUCGUGUGGAGUUCCCCAGGACUUACGGAGGUCGGGGUGGGUGGCCCCGCGGUGGGAGGAAUGGGCCUCCUACAAGAAGAUCUGAUUUCCGAGUUCUUGUUUCAGGACUUCCUCCAUCAGGCAGCUGGCAGGACCUGAAGGAUCAUAUGCGAGAAGCUGGGGAUGUCUGUUAUGCAGAUGUGCAGAAGGAUGGCAUGGGGAUGGUUGAGUAUCUCAGAAAAGAAGACAUGGAAUAUGCCCUGCGUAAACUGGAUGACACCAAAUUCCGCUCUCAUGAGGGUGAAACUUCCUACAUCCGAGUUUAUCCAGAGAGAAGCACCAGCUAUGGCUACUCACGGUCUCGGUCUGGGUCAAGGGGCCGUGACUCUCCAUACCAAAGCAGGGGUUCCCCACACUACUUCUCUCCUUUCAGGCCCUACUGAGACAGGUGAUGGGAAUUUUUUCUUUAUUUUUUAGGUGAACUGAGCUGCUUUGUGCUCAGACUCUACAUUCCAGAUUGAUGAUUUAGUGUCUUAGGAAAUUUUUUUAAUUUUUUUUUUAAAGGAAAUAAAACUACAUAAUUUCUACCAGG